AUGUCUCCCGCCGCCGUAUCAAUCGCGCAGCUCGAGCCCGUCGUCUACCUUCGAGGCCAGUCGGCAGCCGGCGAAGAUGCCCGCGGCCGGAGGAGGCCCAUCAACGUCGAUGCCCCGCCCUCGCAACUGAGGGGGCUGAUCACCGUCUACCUCCCGAAGCCGUGCAAGGUGCGCGAGAUCUCGGUCAGCCUCACGGGUACCGCUCGGACCGACUGGCCCGAGGGCAUCGGUCCCAACCGCCUCGAGCUGGUCGAGGAGGUGACCAUCUUCAAGCAGACCACCACUCUCUUUGACGCCAAGGUCGAAGGAUCCGUGCCCGGCAGGCGGAGGAGCAACUCGGUGGGACCCGGCAUCGGUCUCAACGACGAGUUCGACUGGGACUCGGCCGCCGCAGCCUCGGCGGGUGUGUCCGGUGGACAGCAGCGGGAUCCGAGCACCGCAGGCGCGAGCAGUUCCUCGCGCAGCCCCGCUGCUGCUCGCAAAGAGGAGACGACAAAUACUGGCAGCAACCUGGCCCGCCAACUGGCAGGUGCCGCUGCCAAGGCGGGCACUGCUAUCAUCCCGCCGACGCUGCGUCCCGACCUGAACGCUUCAAAAUCCAAAGGUGCCGCGACCAAGGCCCCGGCUCGUCCGGCUCUCAAUCGGACUGGGUCAGGCACCGCCUCGUGGGCGGACCAGGGCAAUGCCGCCUCCGGAGCGUCGAGCCGCUCGCCGCCGCUCCAGCCUCCGAGCCCCCUCGCGAGUUCCGCGACCCCUCGCGCCCCUCAGGAGGGUCUGGGAAGCUUUUCCGAACUCUUCGCUCGGAGAGACUUGCAGAGCCCCGCUCGCGAAGGCUUUCCAGCGGCGUCUCCACCGAAUGGUGCAGUGGCGACCUCAGCGCAGCGCUGGAGCGCCUACCUCGAACCGCCCAGUAGCGAUCGGCCGCCAGGCUACGCGCCGCGGUCGGCACCGCUGUUUGACUACGACGGCUGGCCUUCGACGACAACAGUCGACGAGUUGCCCAACGCAACCUCGCCAUCGAGCGAGAUCGGAUCGCCGGUAUGGAUGCCCACUUCGUCCGCCCCUUGGACCGAGGGCGGCUCAGGCUCUCGAGACGCCUAUCCCGCCGCUUCGCGGGACUCGACGGCUCCAUCCUCGCCGACCAUGUCGCGGACGCCUUCGGCCGCGCCAGGAAGGAGCAUCCUCACUGGCCAGACCCUCUCGCCGCGCGCAAAGGAGCAGACGGUGCGGUUCGACCACCCUCCUCCCCCUCUUGGCCCUGCCGCGGGCCCUUCCUCGGCCGCUGCAACGGCUACGUCGGUGUCGACUGCCGCAUCGGCAUCUUCGCUGGUCCCGGGUCCGCAGUCGACUCCGAGCCCGGUCCGCAGCUCGCCGGCGUCUCGGCGCAACUCGGCAGAGGUGUCGGAGCGCGACAAGACUUCGGUCUCGAGCAAGCUCAAGCAGGCCAGCAAGGGUGCGGGCGAGCCGGGCAAGGGCAAAAAGUCUGGGCUCAAGGGUCUCAUCGGCGGGCUGCUCAAGGAGCACGAGCCCAAGGCCGAGGAGGACGUCGGCGCGGCGGCCGAGUCCAAGGAGUUCAAGAAGGGCACCUACACCUUUCCCGUCUGCAUCUCGCUCCCCUCGAAUCUGCCGCCGACGCUGCAUGCCGACUUUGGCUUUACCAAGUACGUCCUCAAGGCCGUCGUGUACCGCUCCGGCGCUCUGACCCCGAAUCUGGUUGCCGAAAGGGAGAUCAAACUGAUCCACGCGCCCGACGAGGACGCUCUCGACGAGACCGACUCGAUCGUCGUCGAGCGGACGUGGGAGGACGUGCUGUCGUACAUGGUCGUGUUCAGCGGCAAGAGCUUUCCCUUUGGACGCAAGAUCCCGCUCUGGCUGAAGUUUGUGCCGCAGGGCAAGGUGCGGAUCCACAAGAUCACGGCGAUGCUCGAGGAGCGGACAGACUACUUUGCAAAGGGCCGGCGCGUGGCGCGCCACGAGGUGCCGCGCAAGUGGACGCUGCUCAAGGUGGCCAACGAAGGCUCGGGCGAGCCGCUGCUGCCCAUCAUGUCGGACUCGGCCGAGGCGCUGCAGCGCAGCCCGCUCGCCGCCCUCGCCGAGGCUGCGGCGGGCGACGACCCGGACUCGGAGGCGCUGCCGUCGAUCAUGGACCCGCACGGGCCCUGGGAGCUGGCGGCCGACCUCGACCUGCCGGACCACUCGACGACGCGCAUCAACCUCAGCACCAACCACGCCAAGUCCAACAUCGCGGUCCACCACCUGGUCCGCGUCAUGAUCCGCGUCGAAAAGCCCGACGGGGUCGCCGACGGGACGCAGGCGGCGGCGGCGCCGGUCAAGGACGACCGCAAGCACAAGCUGUACGACAUCAUCAUCGAGGCGCCCAUCACGCUGACGUCGGUGCACACGGCCGACGAGUGGAUGAACCUGCCCAACUACUGGAGCCUGACGCCGGACGACGCGGGCCCAGACCCGCUCGAUGCCGCGGCGGCGCAGCCCGACGUGCCAAGCCGGCGUCCGCUCGCGAGCCCGCCCGGCGUGCCGCGCGCCAUUCCGCGUCCCUCGAUGCCCUCGCCCGUCAACAGCGGCAGCGGCCGACUGGGUCCCAGCCUGGGCAUUGGCGGUCGACCGCCCUCGCCCCUGUCUCACCGUUCGGCACCAGCUCGCGAUCGCAGCGAUCCGAGCGCGGGCGCCGCGACGCCGCAACGGCUGUCGCAGCGCUGGCUGGCGCUCAGCUCGACGGUGGGCGACUCUGUGUCCCGCGUGGCAGGUCCGAAUGCAGUCGGGGUCGAAGGCAGGCCAGUUGUCAUGCCGACUCGGCGUCCGCACGCACGCGAGGUCGGCAACGCAGCGGGCACGACGAGGGCUCGCGACCCACCGCCGCCGGCGUACGAGGCCGAGGCGCGCCAGGGCGAAGCAGUGAUUGCAUCGACUCGGCUGGCCGAUGCCCCGUCGUCCAGCGACGCAGCCGCCGCGGCAUCCUCGGCCCAGGGUGCCGGUGCCGGUGCUGGUGCGAGUGCUGCAGCCGCCGUCCAUUGA